AUGUCCAUAACUGGGACUGAGAAUAAAAAUGCUAGAACAGUACAUGCAAACAGAGAAUGCACAAGUACAGACCAUAAAAGACUGAGCACACAAGGACAGAUUAGGCCAGAACAAAAUACACAAGAACUGAAUGCACAAAGAGAGCAUAAAGAAGAACAGAGUGCGGAAGUCACAACAGAAAAGAAUACACAAGUACUAAAUAAAGUUGGACAGAUUAUAAAAGUGAACACUGAAAAACAGAAUGCAAGAGCAAAACACACAAGCACCAAAUUUCAAUGUACAAAGAAAGAACAUAGAAGAACAGAAUGUGCAAGAACAGAUCACAACAGAACAGAAUACGCAAACACUGAAUGCACAAGGACAGGACAAAAAAAUAAUCGAUCACCCAACUGGACAAGGAAACAAUGA